GGGGGCCGCGGCCGCCCCCAGCCCUGCGCGGCGCGGGGGGGGCGGGCGCGGGCGGGAGCCCGGCCCACGGGCGGGAGCGGAGCGGGGCGGAGCGGGAGCGGCGCUGGGCACCUCAGCCGGGCUGGCAGCGGCGGCAGGAGCGCGGCACGCCGGGGCACCGCACCUCCGCAAUUGCGCCGCAGCCCGGGGCCAGAGCUGCUCUGUAUGGCAUGUGGCUGGUAACUUUUCUCCUGCUGUACUCUUUGCCGAAAGCACGCGCUGAAGAUGUUGGAACCAGCCUCUACUUUGUGAACGACUCCUUGCAGCAGGUCACCUUCUCCAGCACAGUGGGGGUGGUGAUCCCCUGCCCGGCAGCAGGGUCACCCAGCGCCGUCCUUCGGUGGUACCUGGCCACAGGUGACGACAUCUACGAUGUGCCCCACAUCCGGCAUGUCCAUGCCAAUGGGACUUUGCAGCUCUACCCCUUCUCGCCAUCAGCCUUCAACAGCUUCAUCCACGACAACGACUACUUCUGCACCGCAGAGAACUCGGCUGGCAAGAUCAGGAGCCCAAAUAUCCGUGUUAAAGCAGUUUUCAGGGAACCGUACACCGUUCGGGUGGAGGACCAAAGGUCGAUGCGUGGAAACGUGGCUGUUUUCAAGUGCCUCAUCCCCUCUUCAGUGCAGGAAUAUGUUAGCGUUGUAUCCUGGGAGAAAGACACCGUUUCUAUCAUCCCAGAAAAUAGGUUUUUUAUUACUUCUUAUGGAGGUUUGUACAUAUCGGACGUGCAGAAGGAAGAUGCCUUGUCCACCUACAGGUGUAUCACCAAGCACAAGUACAGCGGGGAGACGCGGCAGAGCAACGGCGCCCGGCUCUCGGUCUCAGACCCGGCGGAGUCCAUCCCCACGAUGUUAGACAGCUUCCAGUCCAGGGAGGUGAAGGCGGGCCGGCUGGUGGAGCUGCCCUGCAUCGCCUCGGGCUACCCCAACCCGGCCGUGCGGUGGAUCAAGGACGGGCGGCCGCUCCCCGCCGACAGCCGCUGGAGCAAGCGCAUCACGGGGCUGACCAUCAGCGACCUCCGCGUGGAGGACAGCGGCACCUACAUCUGCGAGGUGACCAACACCUUCGGCUCCGCAGAGGUCACGGGCACCCUCACGGUCAUAGACCCUCUGCGUGUGACCCUCACACCAAAGAAGCUCAAAACAGGCAUCGGCAGCACCGUCAUCCUCUCUUGUGCCCUCAGCGGGUCCCCCGAGUACGUCAUCCGCUGGUACCGCAACACGGACCUGGUGGCGGUGGAUGACUACAUCUCCAUCCGGGGCAUCAGCAACGAGACCCUGCUCAUCACGGCCGCUCAGAAGAGCCACUCUGGCGCCUACCAGUGCUUCGCCACCCGCAAGUCCCAGACGGCACAGGACUUCUCCAUCAUCACGCUGGAGGAUGGGACCCCCCGCAUCGUCUCCUCCUUCAGCGAGAAGGUGGUCAACCCCGGGGAGCAGUUCUCCCUGAUGUGCGCCGCCAAGGGGGCCCCGCCGCCGACCGUCACCUGGGCGCUGGACGAUGAGCCCAUCCCGCGGGACAGCGGCCACCGCUCCAACCAGUACACCAUGUCCGACGGCACCACCGUGAGCCACAUGAACGUGACGGGCCCGCAGAUCAAGGACGGCGGCGUGUACCGGUGCACCGCGCGGAACUCGGUGGGCAGCGCCGAAUACCAAGCGCGAAUAAACGUAAGAGGUCCCCCGAGCAUCCGCGCCAUGAAGAACAUAACAGCGGUCGCGGGUAGGGACACUUUCAUCAACUGCAGGGUCAUCGGGUACCCCUAUUACUCCAUCAAGUGGUACAAGGACUCCCUGCUGCUGCCCGAUAACCACCGCCAAGUGGUCUUUGAGAACGGCACCCUGAAGCUGAUGGAUGUGCAGAAAGGCAUGGACGAAGGGGAGUACCUGUGCAGCGUGCUGAUCCAGCCCCAGCUCUCCAUCAGCCAGAGCGUCCACGUCACCGUCAAAGUCCCUCCGCUGAUCCAGCCCUUCGAGUUCCCGCCAGCCUCCAUCGGACAGCUCCUCUACAUCCCCUGCGUGGUCUCCUCCGGGGACAUGCCCAUCCACAUCACCUGGAGGAAGGACGGGCACGUCAUCCUCUCCGGCUCUGGGGUCACCAUCGAGAGCAAGGAGUUCAUGAGCUCCCUGCAGAUCUCCAGUGUCUCCCUCAAGCACAACGGGAACUACACCUGCAUCGCCAGCAACGACGCUGCCACCGUCAGCCGGGAGCGGCAGCUGAUCGUGCGGGUGCCUCCUCGUUUUGUGGUCCAGCCCAACAACCAAGAUGGCAUUUACGGCAAAGCCGGGGUGCUGAACUGCUCUGUUGAUGGGUACCCCCCUCCGAAAGUCAUGUGGAAGCACGCCAAAGGAAGUGGCAACCCCCAGCAGUACCACCCCAUCCCCCUGACGGGCCGCAUCCAGAUCCUGCCCAACAGCUCCCUGCUCAUCCGCCACGUGCUGGAGGAGGACAUCGGCUACUACCUCUGCCAGGCCAGCAACGGCGUGGGCACGGACAUCAGCAAGUCCAUGUUCCUCACUGUCAAGAUCCCAGCCAUGAUCACCUCCCACCCCAACACCACCAUCGCCAUCAAGGGCCAGACCAAGGAGCUGAACUGCACGGCGCGGGGCGAGCGGCCCAUCAUCAUCCGCUGGGAGAAGGGGGACACCGUCAUCGACCCCGACCGCAACAUGCGCUACGCCAUCACCACCAAGGACAACGGCGACGAGGUCAUCUCCACCCUCAAGCUGAAACCAGCCGACCGUGGGGACUCCGUCUUCUUCUCCUGUCACGCCAUCAACUCCUACGGCGAGGACAGAGGCUUGAUCCAGCUCACUGUCCAAGAGCCCCCUGACCCGCCCGAGCUGGAGAUCCGUGAGGUGAAAGCCCGGAGUAUGAAUUUGCGAUGGACGCAGCGGUUCGACGGCAACAGCAUCAUCACCGGGUUCGAUAUCGAGUACAAGAACAAGUCAGAUUCCUGGGAUUUUAAGCAGUCUACACGCAACAUCUCCCCGACCAUCAACCAGGCCAACAUCGUGGACCUGCACCCCGCCUCGGUGUACAGCAUCCGCAUGUACUCCUUCAACAAGAUCGGGCGCAGCGAGCCCAGCAAGGAGCUCACCAUCAGCACCGAGGAAGCAGCUCCCGAUGGCCCCCCGAUGGAUGUCACCUUGCAGCCGAUCACGUCCCAGAGCAUCCAGGUCACGUGGAAGGCUCCGAAGAAGGAGCUGCAGAACGGGGUGAUCCGCGGCUACCAGAUCGGCUACCGGGAGAACAGCCCGGGCAGCAACGGGCAGUACAGCAUCGUGGAGAUGAAGGCCACGGGGGACAGCGAGGUUUACACCCUGGACAACCUCAAGAAGUUUGCGCAGUACGGGGUGGUGGUGCAGGCCUUCAACCGCGCGGGCACGGGGCCCUCGUCCAGCGAGAUCAACGCCACCACGCUGGAGGAUGUUCCCAGCCAGCCCCCCGAGAACGUGCGGGCCAUCUCCAUCACCUCGGACGUGGCCGUGAUCUCCUGGUCGGAGCCCCCGCGCAGCACCCUCAACGGGGUGCUCAAGGGCUACCGGGUCAUCUUCUGGUCCCUCUACAUGGACGGAGAGUGGGGCGAGAUGCAGAACAUCACGACCACGCGGGAGCGAGUGGAGCUGCGGGGCAUGGAGAAGUUCACCAACUACAGCGUGCAGGUGCUGGCCUACACCCAGGCGGGGGACGGCGUCCGCAGCAGCGUGCUCUACAUCCAGACCAAGGAGGACAUUCCAGGUCCCCCAGCUGGGAUCAAGGCUGUGCCAUCCUCUGCCAGCAGCGUGGUGGUGUCCUGGCUGCCGCCAGCCAAGCCCAACGGGAUCAUUCGGAAGUACACCAUCUUCUGCUCCAGCCCCGGCUCGGGGCAGCCGGCUCCCAGCGAGUACGAGACCAGCCCGGACCAGCUCUUCUACCGCAUCGCCCACCUGAACCGGGGGCAGCAGUACCUGCUCUGGGUGGCCGCCGUCACCUCCGCCGGCCGCGGCAACAUCAGCGAGAAGGUCACGAUCGAGCCUGCGGGCAAAGCCCCCGCCAAGAUCAUCUCCUUCGGAGGCACCGUCACCACGCCGUGGAUGAAGGACGUGAGGCUGCCGUGCAACUCGGUCGGGGAGCCGGUCCCUGCCAUUAAGUGGACCAAGGACAGCGAGGACUCUGCCAUCCCGGUGACGGUGGACGGCCACCGCCUGAUCCAGGCCAACGGGACGCUGGUGCUGCGCUCGGUGAAAGCCGAGGACUCCGGCUACUACACCUGCACUGCCACCAACACCUGGGGCUUUGACACCAUCAUCAUCAACCUGCUGGUGCAAGUGCCCCCGGACCAGCCCCGCCUGACCGUCUCCAAAACCUCGGCAUCGUCCAUCACGCUGGCCUGGAUCCCUGGGGACAACGGGGGCAGCUCCAUCCGAGGCUUCGUGCUCCAGUACUCGGUGGACAACAGCGAGGAGUGGAAGGACGUGUUCAUCAGCUCCUCCGAGCGCUCCUUCAAGCUGGAGAGCCUCAAGUGUGGCACGUGGUACAAGGUGAAGCUGGCGGCCAAGAACAGCGUCGGCGCCGGCCGCAUCAGCGAGAUCAUCGAGGCCAAGACCCACGGCAGAGAGCCCUCCUUCAGCAAGGACCAGCACCUCUUCACCCACAUCAACUCCACGCACGCCAGGCUGAACCUGCAGGGCUGGAGCAGCGGGGGCUGCCCCAUCACGGCCAUCGUGCUGGAGUACCGGCCCAAGGGCAACUGGGUGUGGCAGAGCCUGCGCACCAACAGCUCCAGCGAGGUGUUCCUGACCGAGCUGCGCGAGGCCACCUGGUACGAGCUGCGCAUGAAGGCCUGCAACAGCGCCGGCUGCGGCAACGAGACCACGCAGUUCGCCACGCUCGACUACGACGGCAGCACCAUCCCCCCGAUCAAGUCCGCCCAAGGGGAAGGUGAUGAUGUGAAGAAGCUCUUUACCAUCGCCUGCCCCGUGAUCCUGGCCACACUGGGAGUGGCCCUGCUCUUCAUCAUCCGCAAGAAGAGGAAGGAGAAGCGGCUGAAGAGGCUGAGAGAUGCGAAGAGUUUGGCAGAAAUGCUGAUCAGCAAGAAUAACCGCAGCUUUGACACGCCGGUGAAGGGGCCCCCGCAGGGCCCCCGCCUGCACAUCGACAUCCCGCGGGUGCAGCUCCUCAUCGAGGACAAGGAGGGCAUCAAGCAGCUGGGGGAUGACAAAGCCACGAUCCCGGUGACGGACACGGAGUUCAGCCAGGCCGUGAACCCCCAGAGCUUCUGCACGGGCGUCUCUCUGCAUCACCCAGCCCUGAUCCAGAACACGGGGCCCCUCAUCGACAUGUCCGACAUCCGCCCCGGCACCAACCCCGUGUCGAGGAAGAGCGUGAAGUCUGCGCACAGCACCCGCAACCGGUACUCCAGCCAGUGGACACUCACCAAGUGCCAGGCGUCCACCCCCGCGCGGACCCUCACCUCGGACUGGAGGACAGUGGGCUCCCAGCACGGCAUCACGGUCACCGAGAGUGACAGCUACAGCGCCAGCCUCUCGCAGGACACAGACAAGGGCCGGAACAGCAUGGUGUCCACGGAGAGCGCCUCGUCCACCUACGAGGAGCUGGCGCGCGCCUACGAGCACGCCAAGCUGGAGGAGCAGCUGCAGCACGCCAAGUUCGAGAUCACCGAGUGCUUCAUUUCCGACAGCUCCUCGGACCAGAUGACCACGGGCACCACGGACAACGCCGACAGCAUGACCUCCAUGAGCACCCCGUCCGAGCCCGGCAUCUGCCGCUUCACCGCCUCCCCGCCCAAGCCCCAGGACAGCGAGCGGGGCAAGGGCGUGGCCGUGCCCAUCCCACACCGCGCCAGCAAGAGUGACUACUGCAACCUCCCGCUGUACGUCAAGUCGGAGGCCUUCUUCCGCAAGCCCGACGCGCACGAGCCGUGCCCGGUGGUGCCACCGCGGGAAGCCUCCAUCCGCAACCUGGCCCGGGCGUACCACGCGCAGGCCCGGCACAUGACGCUGGAGCCCGGCGCCAAGCCCCUGGGGCUGCCUCCCCCAGCCUCCGCCGCAACCACCUUACCUCAGAGGACUCUCCCCAUGCCCGGCCCGGCCGGCCCCGCACCCGCGCCCGCCGCCAGCGCCGCCCCGGCUCCCCCCGUGGCCGCCGAGCCCCCCGUGGCCGCCGCGGCCGCCGCCGAGGCGCGGGUGCCCACGCACUCCAAAGUGGGGGGCUCCAGGGACUCACUGCUGGAGAUGAGCACGUCGGGGGUAGGCAGGUCUCAAAAACAGGGUGCCGGAGCCUACUCCAAGUCCUACACGCUGGUGUAGGGCCGCCGCCGGAUGCUGCUCGUUUCCCCACGCCGUUUAUAUUAAAUUAACAAACUUGUACAUAACGGACUCUUUUGUAUAAAUGAAGCUAUUUUCUUCUUCUCCGAACAGAAAAAGAAACCAGGGCACAAAGAAUUUGAUGUUACAGAUUUAAAAAUAUAAUAUAUAUGUAAACAUAUAUAUAUAUUUCACAUCAUUUUGAAAGGGGCACAAGGAAAGACUCAGCGACUUUUUUUUUUUUUUCUCUCCCUGAUCUUGUCGGUGGUUUUAAAAAAAGGAACGUCUCCGAGACAUUGCAUGCUAUUUUACUGUUCUGAAAACAGCAGGAGUUGCUUCAAUUUGCAAAUGCUUAUGUGUUAAUACCUUUUUCUAUGAAAAAAAACCCAGCGCUGUGUGCAAUAAAGGUUAUGUUUAUACACGGGGCGUUUGUGAAGUGAGCAGGGAAUUAGGCAGAGCAGGGUUGGGGCAGGAAGAUGGAGAGGGACAGCCCAGGGCAGCCAAAGUGAAAAAAUACCAAGACAAGGGGUUAAAUAUUAAAGAAUAAUAAGGUAUGUACUCACCUGCAGAGCUGAGGGGCAGGAGGAAGGUCCUGGAAGGAACUGGAGCAGGGUCCGGGGAAUGGUUCCAUGGAGCAGGACAGACCAGCCAAGGCCAGACUGUGCCACAGCACUGAGAGCAGCACCAAGUCCAGCUCCAGCCCAGGACAAACCAUGGUGCCAAACAGGAGUCCUGGUCCAGCUUGUCCAGAGGAGUGAACGGCUGCCCAAACCCUCGAGAGGCACAGCACAGCUCUGGCAGCUCACGGUGAGUGCAGGGUGGCUCCAGCAUCGGAUCCAGCAUCCAGCAACUCCUCCGAGCAGGAUCUUCUUCCCUGGGAUUGUCACAGCCCUGCCUGGGAGCAGGAGAAGGAGCACGGCUGUCCCUGGUCACAGCUGGAACGUGUCACGGUGAAUCCAGCACAGCCUGAGCCCGGUCAAUCCAGCACAGAGCAACGCUCGAGGUGUCUCUGCCUCCCUGAACUGUGGUGGAUCGUGGCUCAGGCACUGCACAGGUGCCACAGGACAUGGGGCAGCCCAGAGAACCACAGUGAGACCCAGCACCACCUCACCCUUGAAUUUGUUCUUAUUCUCCCCUUAGUUUUCACCACCAGCCACACCAAUAUCAGACCAAAGAAAUGCAGAUUCUACUUCCCCCCUUUCAUACAAAGUUUGAAAGCAAGAGCACUUGAAGCCCCAGAGCUGCCAGCCCUCCUUACCUGCUCCAAGGACAAAAAAUAGCUCAGGCCAUUAUUAACUCUUCUUUUAGUUACUCAAAGCAGAACUUCACCUUUUUGAGGAGCUUCUGGUGCUAUCUGAGGUCUAAUGAAAUAACUGCUCUUUCAUUUCCUUUUUUCCUGUAAUUUAUAAGCUCAAGUUUUCAUUACUUUCCCAUCCACGCUUGCUACCAACUGGUUCCAGCACUUUCCUUACAAACAGAUACAUUUCCUAUUUUAGCUCAAAGCAGUUGGAGUAUUACACACACAUUUGUACCAUUCUCUUUUUUUUUUUUUUUUUUCUCUUGACAGGGUUUAAUUCAUCAGCUAUAAUCAAGCACUGCAGAGGUCAUUUUUUCAACCUCUCUCUCCUUGAUUUUUUUUUUUUUUAAUUACAGUACCCAAAUUAAAAUGACAUGCAAAUACAGUGAUGUUACUGCAGCUUCCACGUGCAGCUCUGCAGUGCCCUUCCCAGCCUGCUGGCACACUGGUCAGCACAUCCUCCUUUGCCAUCUGGUUCUUCCUAACUAAGGUAACUCCUGGAAUCCUGCAGAGCUGGAAGCGCCUUGGCCAGAGCCUGGCAGCUGCUCACCUCUGGGGCUUGAGAAACAAGCUGCCAGGACAAUUUCUUGUGCCCAUUUUUUAUAUUUUUUGGCCAUUAUUCAGGUCCCACUCAGAGCCAACCUCUGUCAAGGAACAUCCCGUAUGGAGAGGGGCACCCUUCCCAGCCAGGCUGGUGGGGAGGCAUCAGAGCAAAUAACAUUUAUAAACCAUUAUAUAAUAGAGGUUUUAAAGAAAACCAAGUGCCCAGCCCUUACACCAGGAUCACAGCCAGGCAGCACCUCCAAAAUACCAACCCCAGGCUUAGAAUAGAAAUAGAAGGGGAAAAUAGAAUUAAAAAUAGAAGAGGCAAGAAAAGGCAAGCGUGUUCAGCUGUGACAGUAAGCAGAUUAGCAAGAUAAAAAGAGGAACAGAUUAACAGAGAUUAAUACAACUUUAUUGGAAUUGGCUAGUACAGAUUUCCUUCUACAUCCCAGCAAGGACUCCCCCUUCCCUUCCCCAGCGGGCACAAGCCCUGGCCUUGCACACUUUAACCCAGCACAAGUUUCCAGCACUCCCCCGUGAGCCCCCUGCUCUCAGGGAGCCCCCUGCCCUUCAGCACAGCAGGAUGUGAAGGAGAACAGCCCACUCAGGCCAUGCCAGCCCAGCUCUGCCCUCCCACAGCAGAGAAGAGGCCACCGAGCUCAGAAAUGCACCAGGAGACCCGGCCAGGGGCUGGGUGGGCUCCAAGGCCAACAGCAGCAUCACCAGGGGUCAGCCUCAGGACAGUCCCACCCAGAGCCUGCUUUUUCCCCAAGAAAAGGUAAGACCAGCUCCCAGCUCACCUCCUGCUCCCCUCACAGCCUGCAGCACAUUCCCUUGGCAGUGUCCCACUCCAGGCUGGCCCCUGGGCACCGCAGAGCAGGGGACAAAGGCAGAGUCCAGCCCUCACCAGUUUCCACCCCGCUCCGGAGGCAGAGUGGAGGCAAGGGGAGGCUCCUGGGGUGGAACAAGCCCCAGGUGGGCAGUGAGCAGCCUGCACAAGCAGCCCCUGCUGUGCAGGACCCCCUCCCACCCACACAGCUGCUGGGGCUCACAGCCCCACCCAAGGGUGGCCGAGGCUCCCAAAUGUGCUGUCACCCCUGUGCCCUGUCCCCAACAGCCCCAGAGCAGCUGUACCCUGCCCCACACAGUGACGCUGGCUGGGGAAGGACUGAGCAGGACAGAGAACUCCCUGUGAGCACCAACACGAGGGCAGAGAACCUACAGCUGCAGCAGGAGCUACGUAUGGGGGCAGGUUCAGUCACCACGGCCCCAAAGAUGUCUCUGGGGUACAGAACAGACGAAGAGGAGGGACAGUGCAGGCCACAGGUGGCUGCUGUGGCUACUUCUUCUCCUGCUUCUGCUGCUGGUACCUCCUGAAGUGGGUCUGGAUGGUGAUGGCUGCCCUCUCAGAAGGGUCAGUGACCUUGCUGUCCUUGCUGGCAUCAGGGGUCGCG